CCGCUGCAGCCCGCCGCCCGCGGCGCGCUAGUCGUUGUCAGAGCGUGCAGUCGAAUGUGCGUGCGUUCUGAUUUCCGCGCAAUCCGUUCAGUGGCAAGUGUCUGACACAAACAGUGCGAAGGUGUUGUGUUGCCGUGACGAGCUCCCGCGAUCCGGCCUGGCGAGUGGGCGCAGGCUCUAGGGGCCACUGACCGCGGAUUCGGUACGACUCCUCUCCGCUUGCUGCCACCGACGCUCGCUGAUCCUCUUCACAGACCUAUCUUUUAGAUCUGUCAUUGCUUUAGGCCGCAGCAGCGGCGGCGGCGCCAUGGAGUGCGGCGUGGCGGCGGCGAGCGCGGCGGGCGCGUUCCCGGCACGCGGCCACCCCCCUCACCCCGCGCACCACGCGCACGCCGCGCACCCCGCGCAUCCCGCGCUAUCGCCCACCGAGCGCUCGCCCGCUAAAGCGGGAUUACAUGUCAAUUUUAGUGAUAAAGGCGAAGUUAAGGAGCGGCGCGAAAAGUUUCUGACGGCGAAGUACGGCAGCCACCAGAUGGCGCUGAUCCGCAAGAGGCUCGCCGUGGAGAUGUGGCUCUACGACGAAUUGCAGAAAUUGUACGAGUCGCCGAGCGAGACUGCAGCAGGCGCGGGGAGCGCGGCGGGCGGGGGGAGCGCCGACCAGGAGGUAGAAGUGGACAUCGACGAGCUGCUGGACAUGGACAGCGACGACCAGCGUCGCCGCCAUCUCACGGUGCUCCUAGCUGAUGCCAAGAAACCUCAAAAGGAUGUAUAUAAAUUUAUCAACGAUCUAUUAGAAAAGGCGAAGACGCUGUAAGUACGUGAUAAUGGAACCAAAUCUCAAGAAGGCGCGGCGAGGCGCGGCGCGAGUAGUUUAAUUCAAGUUACGGAUCUCACACGCGAAGCAUCGCGGGCCUGGCCCCGAGCGGGCGCGCGGCGCUGCUCCGCGGGUGGCCCGGCCGGCGGCGCCCCUGCUCCGGUGCUGUGCCACUCUACGCACAGGGGCUACUGCCACUGUACAAAUUGUUAUUGUUUGGAAUCAAAAGAAAAAUUGCUUUUUUGAAAAAAGAAAUAGAAUCAACUGCAAAUAUUGAACUCUAUAGUAGAAAAAAAAUAUGAAUAAGCCAGUGGCAGGGAAGUACGUUGACCGUGAAAGAUAGAUAACCACGGCUUUUGGUUGCGAUCCCAAGUAGUCUUGGAGUCGCAGUCUAGAUAAAGUUAAUGUAACCUAUUUGUACUAACGGUUAUAUAGUGUAAGCGUUUUAUAUUUUUCAAGUAAUACAGUUCAGUUUCAAUAUUCAGAGUCCACUCCCAACGCACGGGGACUAACAGUGCACUGAACAUAUCAGUUGUUACAGACGACUUUAACAAAUGUUUGUUAAUUAACAAACAAUUAGGCCACACGACUUUCGACUCGAGAUGUUUUUCAUAGUAUUCUUAUCAAAAUAGUUUCUAAUUUUAUUGCUUUUAUACAACAACACAAUAAUGAGAUCAUACAGAAAUUCAUCAAAUUAGAUUAAAUCAAAGUUUAUUAUCACCUUAUAUUCUGUAGCAUUUUUUAUUUUGAAAGUGUGGGUAUGCCACUUAGUAAAAUAAUAGGCUGCUAUUUCUAUGUCAGCUACGUACCAAAACUGCGCUUUCAAUUGACUUCAAAAAAAGGAGGUUUGCAAUUCAACAACGUUUUUUUUCAUUGGUGUUUGUUACCUCAUAACUUUUUAUUGGAUGAACCGAUUUUUAUAAAUUGUUUUUUAUUUGAAAGCUUCUUCCUUCCAGGUGGUUCCAUUUAAAUUUGGUCUAAUUCUGAAUCUUGAAGGCAGUUUAGUUCUUGUUAAAAAGAAUAAUUCUAUCAAUAUUAAAUAAUCUGUCAAUGAAUUUAGAAUAAGUAGGCAGUUUCUAACUAAAAAUUGGGGUAAAAAGACAGUCGUGAAAAGAGAAGAUGAGCUAGGGAUAGCCCGUGGAUAGCCACGCAAUUAUUACAUUACAAUGCAGUAAAUAGGCAUGGAGUUAAACGAGAUUACCCAGUGCAACAGCACGGGACAUUGGACAGUUCACCAUGAAUCAGUCGUUAGUGAAUUAUUAGUUAGUAAAUCUAAUUACAAUAAAAUUUAAUCUCAAUCAAAAUCAAUCAAACAAUCUCAAUAAAAAAUGUUUAUGUAUGUAACUGCUAAAAGUCGUGUUUCUAUCCACCUUUUCUCGUUGCCAUUAACCCCACAUCCGUGGUCUAUUCACCGCCUUCGUCGUUAAUUUUUGAGCCUGAAGUAGUAUCAAUUUUAUUUAGCUAAUGUGCAGUUAUGGUUAAUAUUUUAUCGUCUUUUUUGUAGUAAUUUGACAAGUUGACGCUUUUAUGUGGAUGGCCGGAAUUUAGGAAACUAUUGCUGUGUAUAAAAUUUAUUAGCUAAUAUAGAAAUAGUAUUUUCUUGUGUUUGAUAUUACGCAAGUAUUAUACAUUUAGAAAUUAAAAACUUUUUAACGGAUUUAAAACGCGAUUUAUUCAUAUAUAUUAUUAACCCGACGUUUCGAACACUUUACAGCAAGCGUGGUGGUCACGGGGAGACUAAUAUAGAAAUGCUGCAAUUAAAUAAGCAAUUCAGCAAUUACCUAAUUUUGGGAUUUCUUUCUGUCCUCCCAGAAAUGGCUAUUCACCAUGAUUUACAUAGAAAUUCCUAUCAUUUAUACGAUAACUCAUCAAGUCCCUAGAAGGUAUAUUAUAAGUAAACAACGUUGCCACAAACGAAAACACCGGAACUGAAUUUGUUUACUUUGCGUAAUUAUGUGUACGUUGCACUAUUGCUGUAGCAUUUAAUUAAUAAAAAUAUACAAUAAUUAAUAUUUAUUAAUAUGAAUAUUAUGAUAAAUGCAGAGAGCGCUGGGUGGCGCGGGCGUUUGGGUUGCUUGAAUAUUUGAUGAGCCGAGCUGAGCGCGCGGCAAAGUGCAUUGUUUUGGUGUAUCGUGUAGUUUGCGUAUUAGGACCUAGCCUGAAAGAAACUGUCAAGUGAUGAUGAAAUUUUUGUAAUAAAUCCAUUUAAUACGU